AUGGAUUGUGGAGGCUCAUUCUGUGCACCCUGUGAAGAUGGCCUGAGCUGCAACACUAAUGCUGAUUGUUUAAGUGGCCUCUGCCCAAAUGGUGUAUGUGUUGCUCCAACAUGUACAGAUAAUACUAAAAAUGGAGACGAAUCUGAUAUCGAUUGUGGAGGUGUAUGCCCACGCUGUGAAGAUGGUCUGAGCUGCAACACUAAUGCAGAUUGUGUAAGUGACAUAUGCACAGGUGUUCUAUGUGCUGCUCCAACAUGUACAGAUAAGACUAAAAAUGGAGACGAAUCUGAUAUCGAUUGUGGAGUUGUAUGCCCACGCUGUGGAGAUGGUCUGAGCUGCAACACUAAUGCUGAUUGUUUAAGUGGUCUCUGCACAAAUGGUGCAUGUGUUGCUCCAACAUGUACUGAUAAUGUUAAAAAUGGAGACGAAUCUGAUAUCGAUUGUGGAGGCCCAUUCUGUGCACGCUGUGGAGAUGGCCUGAGCUGCAACACUAAUGCUGAUUGUUUAAGUGGUCUCUGCCCAAAUGGUGUAUGUGUUGGUAUAUAG